AUGUCGGUCUUGCCGGCUGAGGUCAACGCCCAGCUGGCUCAGCUGCUCCAGCAGCUCCAGUCGGCCGACAACAAUAUCCGCUCGCAGGCCGAGGAUGUGCUGCAAAAUCAGUGGACUAGCCAAAGGCCUGAAUGGUUGUUGAUGGGUCUUGCCGAACAGAUUGGGACCUCCACCAGCACAUCCCUACGGUCCUUCGCAGCAGUCAUCUUUCGCCGGAUAGCCUCCAAGACCCGAAAGAUCGGCAACUCAGAAAAUGUCGACAUGUUUAUAUCGCUUGAAAAGGAGCACGGCACGGCUAUCCGGGGAAAACUGUUGGAAACCCUGGUGACGGAGACUGACAAGGCUGUCCGAAAUAAAAUCAGCGAUGCCGUGGCCGAGCUCGCGAGGCAGUACUACGACAACAGCGACUCGUGGCCAGAGCUGCUCCAGGUUCUCUUCACGCUUAGUCAAGCCCCCGAUGCCGGCAAGCGAGAGACUGCCUUCCGUGUCUUCACAACAACCCCAGGUAUCAUCGAGAAGCAGCACGAAGAGGCGGUAGCCGAGGCAUUUGCCCAGGCCUUCAAAGAUGACUCAGUGGCGGUCCGCCUCGCUGCAAUGGAAGCUUUCGCCGCUUUCUUCCGCAGCCUAAACAAGAAGAACCAGACGAAGUACCACGUCCUUCUCCCCGAAGUACUCAACAUUCUCCCUCCCAUCAAGGACUCUCAAGACUCCGAAGAUCUGAGUAAGGCUCUGGUCGCUCUUAUUGACCUUGCCGAGGGGGCGCCCCGAAUGUUCAAGCAAAUCUUCAAUGUCCUGGUGCAGUUCAGCAUUUCGGUGAUCCAGGACAAGGAGCUCAACGACCUCUGUCGCCAGAACGCCUUGGAGCUCAUGGCCACAUUCGCUGACUAUGCGCCGUCGAUGUGCAAGAAGGAUCCCAACUACACCAACGACAUGAUCACGCAGUGCCUCAGCCUGAUGACCGACCUAGGCGAGGACGACGACGAUGCCGCCGAGUGGCUUGCGGCAGACGACCUCGAUGACCCCGAGAGCGACCAAAACCAUGUUGCUGGUGAGCAUUGCAUGGAUCGCCUCGCCAACAAGCUCGGCGGCCUAGUCGUCCUGCAACCGACCUUCAACUGGCUCCCCCGAAUGUUGUCGUCUCCUGCAUGGAGGGACCGCCAUGCCGCUCUCAUGGCGAUAUCCGCUAUCUCUGAGGGGUGCCGAGACCAAAUGAUUGGCGAACUCAAGCAGGUCCUCGAGCUGGUCGUUCCUUCGUUGAAGGACCCCCAUCCCCGUGUCCGAUGGGCUGGCUGCAAUGCGCUGGGCCAGAUGAGCACCGACUUUGCGCCCACGAUGCAGAAGGAGUAUUAUGAUACUGUUCUCUCCGCCAUUGUUCCGGUUCUCGAUUCCCCGGAAGCCCGUGUCAAGUCUCACGCGGCUGCCGCCCUGGUCAACUUCUGUGAAGAGGCCGAGAAGAGCGUGCUUGAGCCAUACCUCGACGGGUUGCUGACUGCUCUCUACCAGCUUCUCCAAAACGAAAAGCGAUACGUCCAAGAGCAAGCCUUGUCCACAAUUGCCACCAUCGCUGAUGCGGCAGAGCAAGCGUUCUCUCGGUAUUACGAGACCCUGAUGCCCAUCCUCGUGGGCGUCCUUAGGCGGGAGAAUGACAAGGAGUACCGGUUACUCCGGGCGAAAGCGAUGGAAUGCGCGACUUUGAUUGCCCUCGCGGUUGGCGCUCAGCAGCUCUCUACCGACGCCGCCAUGUUAGUCCAGCUGCUAGGGAGCAUCCAAGAUACUGUCCAAGAUCCGGAUGACCCGCAGGCUCAAUAUUUGAUGCACUGCUGGGGCAGAAUGUGCCGCGUCAUGGGCAAGGCUUUCCUUCCCUACCUGUCGAAGGUCAUGCCACCGCUCCUGGAGUUGGCGAGCGCUAAGGCCGACAUUCAACUUCUCGACGAUGACGAGCAGAUCGAGAAGUUCCAGCAAGAAGAGGGUUGGGAUUUGGUGCCAAUCCGUGGCAAGACUAUUGGCAUCAAGACGAGCGUGAUGGACGACAAGCACAUGGCCAUUGAGCUGCUAGUGGUGUACGCCCAGGUGCUCGAGGAAGACUUUGCGCCGCAUGCGGAGGAGAUUAUGGAGAAGAUCGCCCUACCCAGCCUCGCCUUCUUCUUCCAUGACCCCGUCCGGUUCGUGUCCGCUAAGCUCGUGCCCCAACUCCUCAGCUGUGUCAAAAAGGCAUACGGGCCCCAAUCAGAGCAGCUCGCAAGCCUCUGGGGAAAAACGGUCGACAAACUCCUCGAAGUGCUCUCAGCCGAACCGGCCAUUGAUACCCUUGCCGAGAUGUACCAGUGCUUCUACGAAUCGGUUGAGGUUAUCGGUAGGCCGUGCCUCAACGACGGGCACCUCGCUCGCUUCAUCGAGGGGGUCAACUCCACACUCGAGGAUUAUAAAGACCGUGUCGCGAAGCGCGAGGAGGAACGGCAUGGUGUGGCAGCUGAGGAUGCCGAAGACGAGCAAGAAGAGCUUCUUAUGGCCAUCGAGGAUGACCAGACUCUACUUUCCGACAUGAACAAGGCGUUCCACUGCGUAUUCAAGUAUCAUGGCGCUAACUUCCUGCGCCACUGGGAGCACCUGCUAUCGACCUACCAGGGGUUCCUCAAGUCCAACGAUCCGACCCAGCGGCAGUGGGGACUGUGCAUCAUGGAUGAUGUUCUCGAGUACUGCGGCGUGCAGAGCAGCCAGUAUGCAAAUUACAUCACCCAACCCUUGGUCCAAGGUUGCCAAGACCCGUCACCGGCCAUCCGUCAGGCUGCUGCGUACGGAAUCGGUGUGGCAGCACGCCACGGCGGAGAUGCGUGGUCGGCAUUCUUGGGCGGGGCUGUUCCUUACCUAUUCGAGGUCAUGCGUGUUCCGGAUGCGCGCGAUGAGGACAACGUGUAUGCGACAGAGAAUGCGUGCGCUGCCAUUGCGAAAAUCCUCCACUUCAAUGCCUCGGCCGUCCCGCAGCCCGACCAGGUUGUGGCCGAGUGGCUUAAUACGCUACCAAUCACCAACGAUGAGGAGGCGGCACCGUAUGCCUAUCUCUACCUCACGGAGCUCAUCAGCAAGCAACACCCAGCAGUCAUGUCACAAGCACCGCGGAUAUUUGUGUUUGUUGCGCAGGCUCUGGAGGCCGAGGCCCUCAGUGGACAAAAUGCUGCCCGUGUUGUGGCAGGAACUAAGCUUCUUGUGGAAGGAACGGGCACAGACGUCUCACCGCUGCUGCAGCAAUUCUCGCCCGAGGCUCAAAAUGUCAUCCGGGCGUACUUCGUCUAG